GUGGCAGCCUCAUGGCUUUUCCCGCCACCAACCCUUCUUCUCCCCACAAUCCUUUCCUUUCUCCCGCCAACCCUUUCCCCACCCCUUCUCAUUUCCCUAACCCUACCCCAAAUUAUGUUAAUCCUUCUCCCAACCCCCCACCCUCUUACACGCCCCUUUCCCCUCCCGCUUCCCAAGUACCGCCUCCUGUUCACGCCCCUCGGGCGGAGCCAAUUCCAUCAGCUCCACCCCAAAGCUCCGCCCCGGUUCCCACGCCUGGCUCCUCCCACUGGCUUCCUGGUUCCCACGCCCCGCCUUCCGGUUCCCACGCUCCGGUUUCCGGGGGUGUGGACCGGGGGGAUUUCAGCACUGGUACGCCGCCCCUAAUCACAGCGGCCCCAGUGUCAUAUAUUAAGGAAGGUGAAGGGCCCACCCGGGCGCAGUGGACCCCAUUCCCCCACUCCACCAUAAAGGAGUUGUGCAAGGCUCAGAGGGAGUUUUCCCGGGAGAGUGAAUACUUCCGGGGGCUCCUUCGGGCCUCUUUACUAGAAACAAAUGUUGUACCCGCCGACUUGCGGAUGCUUUUUUCAUGCCUCCUCAAUCCCACCGAAUUCCUGGUGUGGGAGGAGGCGUGGAAAAAGGGUAUUAGGGAUAUUCUCCCAGACUUAUGGGAGAAUACCCAAACAGCCACAACUCCCAGUGGUGAAGCGGUUUGUACCGACUUACUAGUCGGUCUUGGGAAUUGGGCCGACGGGGCAACCCAAGCCAGGGUUACCCCCCGUCAAGCGCUCCGGGAAAGCGCCAAGGUGGCUGAACGGGCCUUCCUGGCGCUCAAACCAGCUGCACCGGCCCUCACCUUUUCUAAGAUCUGUCAGGGGCCAGAUGAACCUUUUAUUGUCUUUGUUGAGCGCCUCCGCAGGGCUAUAGACCAACAAGUCCAGGCGGAGAGCGCUCGGCUGGAGAUUUUAACCGAAGUGGCAAAUGCCAACGCCAACACAGCCUGUAAAGCCGCCAUCCUAAGUCUCCCGCUGGACCCACCACCUACCAUCCAGAAGAUGAUCGAGGUCUGCCAGAGGAAAGUUCCAUCAAUCCUCAGGGAGGACCCCGGAGCAAGAACACCAACGCGCCGGGUGUCCUUCGCAGAAGCGGCAGACCUCGGGGGAGACGUGAUGGCGGCUCAACGGACUCCAGCACCUCCACGAAGACCAAGCCAGGGACAGUGCCACCUUUGUGGUGACCCAGGCCACUGGAUGCCCGACUGCCCCCUGCGAAGUCAGUUCUAUGACUUUCGGAGGAGGCAGGCGGCUUCCAUGGCAGGGAGCGACAAUCAACAAAAAAACUAAGUUCUGAGCGCAGCCCCUCCUUGCGCUAUGACAGAAAUAAGGCGGGUGGUAACAUCAUUCAUGAGGGGAAUUCAGGGAGGGGACCCCAAUCCCGCACUUCACCUUUCACGAAAUCACCGGACAUGACCAUUUCUCCAAUGGAGACUUUACCGAUUCUUACGACAUCUUCCUGUGUCUCGCCUUUUAGGUUGCAUCUGGCUGAGUCAAUUAACAUCAAGGACUCUCAGUGCAGGCUCGCGAUGGUCGCGUUCAAGGCACCAGUUGGACCCCAACUCUUCUGUUUGAUUACGCUGCUUUUCCUCGCCCAACCAUCCAGCGCUUGGAUCAUCCCCCAGCCCAAGGCCAACGUGUGGCGGACCCUGGCACAAGCAAUCGGACAGGAUCACAUCUGUCUGUCCACCGCCUCAGCAACAGACCCUCUGUCGACCUGCCUCGUGGGAAUCCCUUUCAGGGCUGGUGAAUUCCCUUCCCCCCUUUUCCCUAUCUUACAACCAUUUAUUUCACAAACUGGCUCCCUUAAAUUCUGGAACAGCCCUCAGCCCAAAGAGGUUUGGAGAGAGCUGCUGGAAGCUCUCGACAAAACAAUGGACGAACCAGCUGAAUUUGAGUUGCUCGGCUCCGCACAAGCUUCAGUAUGCUUUUUGUUCUUCCCCUACCCUGAGUCCAGCCCCUUCCUGGAGGUGAAACAAAUUGACCAACGAUAUGGGGCCACCAGUUGGUGCCGAGACGAAGUUGACAUCAAAUCAUCAUCUACACUGUA